GUCACUUCCGGGCGGCGAGGCGCGGCGGCCGCCAUCUUGGAACGGCUGGAGGGCGAGGGAGGAAGCGGUGCCGGGCCGGCGGCCUCCCUCCCUCGGUCCCCCCCAUGGCCGGGCAGUUUGACGCCGAGGACCAGGCCAGCUGGUACUGGGGGCGGCUGAGCCGCGCCGAGGCUGUGGCGCUCCUGCAGGGGCAGCGCCACGGCACCUUCUUGGUGCGGGACUCGGGCACCAUCCCCGGCGACUUCGUCCUCUCCGUCUCCGAGAGCUCGCGCGUCUCCCACUACAUCGUCAACAGCGGCGGCGGCCCGGGGCUGAAUCCCUCUAGAUUCCGGAUAGGGGAUCAAGAGUUUGACUCACUACCAGCUUUACUGGAGUUUUACAAAAUACACUACUUGGACACUACGACCUUGAUAGAACCUGUGUCAAAAUCGAAGCAUAACAGCGAUGUGGUAUUGAGGCAGGAAGAAGCUGAGUACGUGCGUGCUCUUUUUGACUUUAAUGGAAAUGACGACGAAGAUCUUCCAUUUAAAAAAGGAGACAUACUGAGAAUCUGGGAGAAGCCUGAAGAGCAGUGGUGGAAUGCAGAAGACAGUGAAGGAAAGCGGGGAAUGAUACCUGUUCCAUACGUUGAGAAGUAUAGACCGGCCUCUACUUCGGUAUCUGCUCCACUUGGAGGUAACCAGGAUAGUUUCCACCCACAACCAUUGGGUGGGCCGGAGCCAGGUCCCUAUGCCCAGCCCAGCAUCAACACUCCGCUCCCCAACCUCCAGAAUGGCCCAAUUUUUGCCCGGGUUAUCCAGAAGCGGGUCCCUAAUGCCUACGACAAGACAGCCUUGGCUUUGGAGGUUGGAGAGCUAGUAAAAGUCACAAAGAUUAACAUGAGCGGCCAAUGGGAAGGAGAGUGCAGUGGCCGACGAGGUCACUUCCCGUUCACCCAUGUCCGGCUUCUCGACCAACAGAAUCCAGAGGAAGAUUUCAGCUGAGUGCGGCUCAACUGCUCUACUUACGGAUGGAAAUAAACACACAGUGUUUUACUGCAGUUGCAACAUAGACAAGUUCUUCUGUCUAUCCAGUGCUUCAGCAAGUAUCCUGAUAUGCAUAAAAUCUCCCCAGGACUGAACACCACCAUUCCUUAAACAAAGACUUGUAUCUUCAGGAUACCCAGAAUCUGUGGCUUCAAAGAUGUCGCCCUUCGCACUUGCAGUAGGAUGGAGAGAGCUAUGGUGGAUUCUUGUUUCUGGCUUUCCCUGAUCCCAUAGCUUCCUCUGUAGGCAGAAAACCAGAAUGGUUAGUAGGACACUUGCAAAUUGCUAACCUUGGAGCUUUCCUUCUUUGGAUUAGACUCCUAUUGUAAUGUCUGUUAUAACUGCUUUAUUGCAUAAAUAAACUGCACAAUGCAGGUAAUCUUUUUUUUUUCCUACAUAAUACUGGGAUAGCUAUAGCAUUACUACUACCAUAUGAGAAAGGUUACAGACAAAUCCAUUUCUCCAGAAUUAAAAUUUCUAGAAAUUAUCCCCAUUACUGUCAUAGCUAGUAGAUGGUUUAAUUUGACAUAGCUGUUCUAUGCGGGGUGUUAAAACCUCACUUUUGGUGCAGAGAGCUACAUUCGUUGCACUUUAUGCAGUAAUAUGUAGUGGUAAGAGUAUGAGCUUCUAAAUCUGCUACAGAGUCCAGCACUACACUCCAAAGGUAACUUUAACCACUGUAGGAAAGAGGGCACCUGAAAAUCAUGUACAGUACUCUUGUUCUUCCAGUAUAGUGUGACAGAUGUCACCACUGUAAACUGAAAUACUUUUUUUUUCCCUUUUAAAAUUGCUGUCUGGAACGGUUUUGUUUCCAUCUGUUAAGCAUUAAAAUGAUGGCUUCACGAAGAUUUUAUUUUUAAUAAACGAAUGGAAAUACUUAAAUGCUUCCGGACUGAUUCUGAGACUCUCGUGGUUCGCAACAAAAAAAAAGCCAGGAGCAUUUUAUAGCUUCCAUUAUUCACUCCUUGAACAUUCAUCUUUUUGUAUUAAUACUUUCCAAGCUGCUUAUUAACAACUCGUUUCUAACAGAGAUGCCUAUCUAGAGGCAACCGUCUUUUCAUGGCAUCUUUGCCAAGACUUGCCAAAUGAGACACUUGUGACCACAAUGGUUUGUAGCUUACAUGUGUGAUGUUUGUAAAAAGGAGUUUGCCAAAUGAUGAAAUUAAAAUCCUGUUCGGAUCAAUAGUCA